AAAAUUCAAUAGAAUAGCUCUUUAUACAAGGAUCGAUCAUCUUCAAACUCAUUGGCGUUGUUUCGUUGCUAUAUCAUCAACAAAAGUAAUUGAUUGAAUAUUUAUAGCUUAACGACCAUCAACUAUGAAUAUACCCAAUCAAUAUCUAGAAAAAACAGAAGAAGUUGCUGAUCAGUAUGUAAUAAGAAAGGGAAAAUAUGUCCUACCACACGUCGCGCGAUUGUGCCUGAUAGCAACAUUUCUGGAGGAUGGUAUCCGCAUGUGGGUGCAAUGGAAUGAACAACGUGAAUAUAUGGAUAUGAACUGGGGAUGUGGCAAAUUUUUGGCCACGACUUUCGUUCUUAUCAAUCUAUUAGGGCAGAUAGGAGGUUGUGUCAUGGUGUUAGGACUGAAAGUGAGCAUCGCUUGUUGGAUAUUGUUUGGCAUAGUCGUUCUGCAAACCAUCGCGUAUUCGGUCCUGUGGGAUAUACAGUUCCUGUUACGUAAUCUUGCCCUUAUUGGCGCUCUUCUACUCGUUCUUGCGGAAUCCCGGGGAGAAGCACGAUCACUUUUCGCAGGCGUUCCAUCGCUCGGAGAGAACAAACCGAAGAGUUUCAUGCAGCUGCCGGGCGUGUUCUUCUUUGCUUUCAUGUUCAUUACACUAAUACGCUUUGAAUUAAGUUUCUUGCAAAUCCUACAAGAUAUCGUCGGAUCCAUAUUAAUGGUUUUAGUAACGAUUGGUUAUAAAACUAAGCUCUCAUCUCUUAUUUUAGUUGCAUUGUUAAUCCUAAAUCUUUACCAUAAUGCAUGGUGGACCAUACCAGCAUAUAAACCUCUGCGCGAUUUUUUGAAGUACGAUUUCUUUCAGACGCUCUCUGUCAUUGGUGGCUUAUUAAUGAUUGUCUCGCUCGGGCCGGGUGGCGUUUCGAUGGAUGAGCAUAAAAAAAAAUGGUAAACAGACACACGUACACUUUAGCAGGAAACCAAUAGCAUCAAUUUGAAUUACAUCUUCUGCUGCUCUGAUAAUAUUAUUUCUGUAUUGAAGUUCACAGACGGAAGACAAAACAUUAAAUAUUUUUUGUUGGAUUAUAAUCAUUCCUAUAAAAAAAUAAAAACAAAAAAGCUUGUUUUUAUGCGUAAGUGUAAAUGACAGUAAACGCAUAAUUUUUGACUUGAAAAAACUGUUUUGUUUUGCGAAUUUCCUUAAUUGAAUUGCUAUCAUAAGGAAAACACUUAAACUGCGUUUGAAAAACGAACUCUAAUAAAACAAACAUUAUAUUAUCAAAUUGAUGGCUAGAUAGUUCCAUGGCUCAUGAAAUGCAUCAGAACAUGACUUCAUAGUUAACCAUGCGAGUAUCAAACUUCACAUUUAUGAUGUAUUUUCGUAAGCACAAAUCAACACACAGUUUUAAAUAAUGAAUAAUUUCUCUCCGGGAUCGGCAUUUUGUUAAUUUUAUUCAUGUGUAGUAAACAAACUAAGAUUGUGAUUGUCAACUUGAUUGAAUAAAGAGAUACAAAAUACAAGUAUAGUAAUAAAGAGCAAUAUUUUAGUUACUGCUCUCACUUUA